GAAGAGCAGAGAGCGUACAGCACACUGAGAUCCCAAUGCCUUAUGUCUCAGCUUGAACCCCCUUAGAUAGGUCUCAGACCAGUCUCCAUACUCAGCUUUUACAAAGUCACAUACACAAUAAAUCAGAGUGAACUGGGAACCUGCCUAAACAUAUUCAUAUUUGUUUUUAGCUUUUUUUAAAACUCCCAGCAAACAUGGGGGGUUUCACAGGCCAAAGUGAAGUGUCUGUGUCACAGGGAAUCCGGAUGAUGUUUUAUGUCCUCCAUCCGAAUGAAACCUCCUUUAAAAACGUAGAGGAUGUACCAGAUUACGUGGAAAAGGCCACAGUUUAUUUCUUCAUUAUGUUGAUACUCGAAAUGAUCAUCAGCUGGGCUUGGAAGGGGCAACCACUUCGUAUUAAUGAUGGACUGACUUCCCUUUCUGCAGGAGUUUUUUCUCGUCUGCCAGAUGUUGCAUUUAGAGGAGUUGAAGUGGCCUCUUACAUCUACAUAUGGAACAACUACAGACUGAUUGAGCUGCCUUGGGAUUCUCCAUGGACAUGGUGGUUGACGUUCCUUGGCGUAGACUUUGGAUACUACUGGUUUCAUCGCAUGGCUCAUGAGGUUAAUAUCAUGUGGGCCGGGCAUCAAACCCAUCACAGCUCAGAGGAUUAUAAUUUAACCACAGCUUUAAGGCAAUCUUUUAUUCAAAAAUACUUCUCUUGGAUGUUCUACUGGCCAAUGGCAUUUUGUAUUCCCCCUUCAGUGUUUGCUGUCCACAUUCAAUUCAACCUCCUUUACCAGUUCUGGAUCCACACUGAGUUAAUAAACAAUCUUGGCCCAUUAGAAUGGAUUCUAAACACUCCAAGUCAUCACAGAGUUCAUCAUGGCAGAAAUCCAUAUUGUAUCGAUUCCAACUAUGCAGGUACUCUUAUCAUUUGGGAUAGGAUGUUUGGAACUUUUGUGCCAGAAAAAGAGAAAGUUUUGUAUGGCCUUACACAUCCAAUAAACACAUUUGAACCUUUUCAAGUCCAGAUACAGCACUGUGUCCACAUUUGGAACACUUUCUGGGCGACCCCUGGAUUCUCCAAUAAAUUAUCUGUUAUAUUUAAAGGACCAGGGUGGGGACCGGGAAAACCUCGACUUGGCCUCCCUGAGGAAAUUCCACAGCUCACGGGUGAAGAAAAACCUUAUGACCCCAAGUCAGCAGGAUAUCUGCAGUGCUAUGGGAUGAUGCACUUCCUACUCUUGCUUGCUGUCUACGUGCACAUGUUUGAGGCCAAACUGAUAUUAACACCUGCAACACUUCUAUUGAGGAUUGGGUACAUUCUGCUAACACUGACAUCUCUUGGUUUUAUUUUUGAUAAGAGACCUAAAGCUGCCCUUUUGGAGACUAUACGAUGCCUUCUUUUCCUCUUCCUUCAAAAAUAUGAUUAUAUGACAACAGACGUUCCAUAUUUGAGAAUUAUAAACGAGGUCACAUUUUCCAUCUGCACCGCUGCGUGGGGAUUAAAAGCCGUGAAAGAAGCGAUCGAAAGAACCAAAAAGCUGGAAUAACAUAACUGUAGCAUAAAAAUCUGCAGUCAUUCAGUCAAAUGUACCCUGAGCACAAAUUAACCUGUUCCCUAUGUUAAUAAAAUGUAAUUCAUUUGUUUUGCUCUUCUGUAGAUAAAAGUCCUAAAACACAAACUUUUUGUUGUUGAGACAAAAUAUCUAAAUUCAUGUCAUUUGUGAUUGUCAGUAGCAUAUGGCGACAAUGAAAUGUAACAUAUACAGCUACCAUGUGCAAGAAAGGGAAAAAAUGGCCAUUGUUGCUUCAUUUUCCAAUAAAAUUAUUUCAAACCGCUG